AAGCACCCUUUGUACCUUCAUACACACACGUUUUCUGGUGAAUAAGUCAAUGUGUGUGUGAUCCACUCGGAUAUUCCCUGCGCCGAAUGACUGUUUAUGACCGGAAGUCAUGUUUGGUCCUGGCUUUUAUUGUGAAAGAACUACGGAAAUGGUUUUGGUGGUGAACUUGACCUGCGAGCUGGGUAAUAAAGUACAUAGAAACCGCACUCUCGUGAUUAUUGCGUCGGUAGGAGCUGCUGCUGCCAAGCGGAGCCGCGAAAGCGCAACACCAAUCCCCGGACGGGACAACCCGGGCGUCCCGACCGCCGCGGGUCGCGGUGAGGCUGGAGCUCCAGACCUGUGUGCUUUGGAUGAUCCUCCCCGGGUCCAUGAUCCAUGUCUGCGAUGGCGAAGGCUCUGUUUCCACGGGCCUGGGUGAAGAAGUCCUUCUACUUCCAGGCUCGGGUCUCCUGUGUGCGGGUGAAGUACCUGUUCCUCACAUGGCUGGCGGUGCUGGUGGGCAGCUGGGUGCUUUAUGUGCAAUACUCAGCCUACACGGAGCUGUGCAGGGGACACGAGUGCAAGAGCGCCAUUUGUGAUAAAUACCGGAGGGGGAUCAUCGAUGGCUCAGCCUGCAGCAGUCUGUGUGACAAAGAAACACUUUACCUGGGCAGGUGUCUGUCCACACUAGCAAACAACCAGGUGUACACGGGAAGCUGGGGAGACUAUAGUGGGCUCAUCCGCUGUAAUCUGGGGGAGGUGGUGCAUUAUGAGCUGGGGGAGGAACCAGAGCCCCACAGACAGGCCUUCGCAUUCGACAAGCCGACCAGAGGCACCUCGGUGGAGAAGUUCAAAGAGAUGGUCUUCAAUCACCUGAAGUCCAAGCUUGGAGAAGAUCCCAACCUAGCCAGCCUGGUCAGCCAGAUCCUCUCUGUUGCCGACGGUAACCGGGAUGGACGGGUGUCCCUACCAGAGGCUCGCUCGACAUGGGCCCUGCUGCAGAUGGACGAGGUGUUGCUGGGUCUGCUGCUCCAGGACCGUGGACACACCCCUCGCCUCCUUGGCUACUGCGGGGACCUCUACAUGACGGAGCGGGUCCCCUACGGGCCGCUGUACGGCCUCUCGCUGCCAUGGCCUCUUGUGUCCUGGGUUCCUGGUGGCUUGCAGCGCGCCAUGGACCAGUGGUUCACUCCAUCCUGGCCUCGCAAAGCUAAAAUCUCCAUGGGGCUUCUGGAGCUGGUGGAGGACAUCUUCCAUGGCACCUACGGGAGCUUCCUGAUCUGCGACCUUGCUGCAGCACACUUCGGUUACACCGACCGCCACGAGCUGCGUCUCACCAACACACGAGUGAUGGUUCCUGAGGACGAGUUCAGACGCUCCAUGCAAGUCCUGAAGUGUGAGACGGAUGCUGACUGUGUGUACGGGGUGGACUGCCACACAUCCUGUGACUCGACAGCGAGGCGGUGCAGGGUGGAGCCGCUGCAGCCGAACCUGGCAAAGGCGUGCGGUGCUCUGAAGGACUACCUUCUGCGCGGGGCACCUUCAGAGCUGAGAGAAGAGCUGGAGCAGCAGCUGUACUCCUGCAUGGCUCUGAGGGGAAACGCUGGACAGAUGAACAUGGAGCACUCGCUCAUCCUGAACAACCUGAAAGCUCUGCUGUGGAGACAGAUCUCACACACCAAGGACUCCUGACGAUGAGGACGCUGCCCUGUGGAACCAUGGCUGCGUCUCCAGGCAGAACCGGUGAAAAGAAGCUGGGAGGGUUCUGGUUGUUGCAUCUUUGUACGACUGACUGAAUGACUGCAUGCUGUGGUCAGCCUGGAUCUUCUCCCAGCCACGGUUCUGAUUUCAGGUCUUUGACUUGCAGACAUUCAUCUCCACACCACCUUCUGAAGGUCCCACGUCAGCUGAUCCAGGUCUGGAGUCUACUGGAUCCCUGCUGGACUAGUCAGGACCACGGCCUUAAACCCUGGCGGAGGUCAAGCGCGUUCGUUCAUGUCUGAGUUUCAGACGCAGACCGGAGUCGUUUAAGACCUGUACUUCUACUCUGAAACACCACAAAUGUGGCGUCGCACCACCCAGACUCCUGGUGGAGUCUCCUCGUGGUGGCCCGUUUAAGGUGGACUGCUAGAGAUGUGAACGACUAUUUUAUUCUGUAUGCUGCUGCUGCACUGAUGAAUGUGACCUGUAGUGUUCUGUCGUUGCCAUGGUGAUUGUUGGCUCCCGUUGUAGGGAACCUGCCGGGUGGAAACGAGACACCAGCAUGAUUUUUGCACAAUAAACAUCAGACCACCUCA